AUGCCGCUGCUGUCAGACGAGACUCAGUACACGCGGGUGUCUGACGGAGACUCUGAGUCUUCACCAAGAGAGUCCCUCUCGUUUCUUGGUGCAUCUUCCCUGGGAAAGAACGUUGGAGGCAUUCGCUUCCUCUGGAUUCAUGGAGUCCUCGGAGCAUUCUGGUUAAUUGCAUUCUCUUCACUACUCUUCCUGAGAAGUAGACCACAUGCAGAUACCCUAAGUUAUCCAGAUCUCACAAGUCCUCUAUACCCAGCCCUUUCAUACGGCGAAUCGCGCUUCACAUCAGGGUUCGCACCUGACUUGUCGGCAUACCAAGGCAAACCUGACGAGACCAACAAUGCUUACUGGGAUAAGCUAACACACCCCGGGAUGGUCGCCUUGACGGAGGAAGAGCAUGCGAAACUCCCCUCAAAGAGUUCUCUCUUCAUCGAUGAUGACACCAAGGAGUCGGAUCCUCCGCUCUAUGUCGGUGCAGUAGAAGUAUUUCACCAGCUCCAUUGCUUAGACAUGCUUCGCAUGCAAGCAUACGGUGUCCUCAAAGAUUGGUACGACGUGCACAGCCCUGCCAAUGAACAUACGAUCCCAGCGCACCUCGAGCAUUGUAUCGAUUAUAUUCGUCAGUCAAUGAUGUGCAGGCCGAGCCUGGACAUCUUGCCCUUCAGAACAGACUCCGAGGGCCUCUUGCGACCUGUAUUUAACGGAACCAGAACAUGCGCAAACUUUGACAAAGUUCGUGACUGGGCCAUCGAGAGAAAAGCUGGCAAUUUGUCACCUCAGUGA